AAAAUGGCGGCCGCGGCCAGGAUCAUAUCUUUACAACAUGACCACAAAUUAUUUUGUUAUUAUUUUUUUACAAAUACCAGUGCGACUGCGAACUGCAAAUACUUAUUAUAUUUUAUAUAAAAUAAUAAAUAUUCUCCAUGCAAGCUAGUUGGUGCUAAAGCUAUAAUAAAUAUUCAAUCAACAUGAGUUUCGAUGGAUAUAAAACGACCGUAAAAGAAGGCGAUACAGUUGUCCUAUAUUUAACCAUUUCUCAAGUGUACAGUAUAAAAGCCCAAGAAAAAACCAUAAAUAAAAAAGGAAUCGAAGUAGAAAGCGUUUUUCAAACACCUUAUGGAGCCCUUAAAUGUGCGGAACUUGUAGGCAAAACUUACGGUUCCAAAGUUUCCUUGAGUAAAGGCUGGGGAUACAUUUUACAGCCGACUCCAGAAUUAUGGACGUUAACACUCAGCCAUCGUACACAAAUCAUUUACACACCGGAUAUCAGUAUGAUUAUAUUCCAGCUGGAAUUAUGUCCCGGUAGUAUAGUAGUCGAGAGUGGAACUGGAAGUGGUUCAUUAUCACAUGCAUUCAUCCGGGCAGUGAAACCUCAUGGACAUUUGUAUACUUUCGAUUUUCACGAGGUUAGAAGUGAGAUUGCCAGACAGGAAUUUGAUGAUCAUGGAUUGGAGGGAAUGUAUUUCUGUCCACAUCGGCCAAGCCGGCGUACAAAUCGGCAACGCUUGCUGGGAACUGUACUGUCUGGAACACGGGAUUCAACCUGACGGCCAAAUGCCCUCUGACAAAACCAUUGGAGGUGGCGACGACAGUUUUAACACUUUCUUUUCAGAGACUGGAGCUGGAAAGCAUGUACCCAGAGCGGUUUUUGUUGACUUGGAACCCACUGUAGUAGAUGAAGUCCGCACUGGAACGUACCGUCAAUUAUUCCAUCCCGAACAACUCAUCACUGGUAAAGAAGAUGCUGCAAACAAUUACGCACGAGGCCAUUACACUAUCGGAAAAGAAAUUGUCGAUAUAGUUCUGGAUAGAAUUAGAAAACUGGCUGAUCAAUGUACAGGAUUACAAGGAUUUCUGGUUUUCCAUUCAUUCGGUGGCGGCACUGGUUCUGGAUUCACCAGUUUACUUAUGGAGCGAUUGAGCGUCGACUAUGGAAAAAAAUCGAAAUUGGAGUUUUCCAUUUAUCCAGCACCACAGGUGUCCACCGCAGUUGUAGAACCCUAUAACUCAAUCUUGACUACUCACACUACUUUAGAACAUUCUGAUUGUGCCUUUAUGGUAGACAAUGAAGCCAUUUACGAUAUUUGCCGUAGGAAUCUGGAUAUUGAUAGACCUACUUAUACUAAUUUAAAUAGACUGAUUGGCCAGAUCGUUUCAUCAAUAACAGCCUCCCUCCGGUUCGAUGGUGCCCUAAACGUAGACCUAACCGAGUUCCAGACGAACCUGGUGCCCUACCCCAGAAUUCAUUUUCCUCUUGCCACCUACGCCCCUGUAAUAUCAGCUGAAAAAGCUUACCACGAACAAUUGACAGUUUCUGAAAUCACUAACGCCUGUUUCGAACCAGCCAACCAAAUGGUGAAAUGCGACCCGAGGCAUGGAAAAUAUAUGGCUUGUUGUAUGUUAUACAGGGGAGACGUGGUUCCCAAAGAUGUCAAUGCUGCCAUUGCCACCAUUAAAACAAAACGCUCAAUUCAAUUUGUUGAUUGGUGUCCUACUGGAUUCAAGGUUGGAAUUAACUAUCAGCCACCGACUGUAGUUCCAGGUGGUGAUCUGGCAAAAGUCCAACGUGCAGUAUGCAUGUUAUCGAACACCACAGCGAUUGCUGAAGCCUGGGCGCGUUUAGAUCACAAAUUUGACUUGAUGUAUGCCAAAAGAGCGUUCGUUCAUUGGUACGUCGGCGAAGGUAUGGAAGAAGGUGAAUUUUCCGAGGCCCGUGAGGACUUGGCUGCGCUCGAAAAGGACUAUGAAGAGGUCGCUGUGGAUUCUAUUGAAGGCGAAGCUGAUGAAGGAGAUGAAUAUUGAAGUUCUUUUUGUUCCAAUUCUACCAAAGCGAUUUUUCAAUAUUUUUUGGUUUAUUAACAUUACUUAUUGCGUUAUUAAUUUAUUUUCUCACCUUCUAACCACUAAAUUUUAUUCAUGUUUAUAAAAUAGCUAUUUUCCUAACGAGUGCGGGAAGAGAAAUUUCCGGCACUAGGGUGCGAAGCGCUCGAGUGCCGGAAAUUUCUUCCCGCAAGAGUUAGGAACUAUAUUUUUUCUACGAGCAUACUAAAGCUGAUGUUACGAGAAUUUUAAUUUAAAUAAAAUGCGAUUGUGCAGAAAGGUAGAAUUAAAAACGUAUUGAAGGUAUUUAUAAAAAAAACAACGUGAAGGUAUUAAAGGUAAAGGCAUCAUAGGUGUUUCAACAAUACAAACAAUUCCAUGUCACAUGAUUAUUUCAAACUCUUCCCGCACUGAGUACGGGAAGAAAUCUCUUCCCGCACUGGUGCGGGGAGAAAGUCUUCCCGCACAGCAAAUCGUGCGGGAAGAGCCAUUUCCCGCACGCUCGUAGAAAAAAUGUCAUCCGUCCUAACUAAAGUGCUUUAUCCAUUUUAUAUGGUUUUUAUACAUAACACAGUGCGUGAAAAUAUACAAUGUAUUGCAAAAUCUGAUUGUAUUUUCAUUUUUUCAGGAAUAAAUCUUGUGAAAUAGGUAGGUACCUAUUAAGCUUGUUAAACGAUUGGCUCUAUAGGGAAUUGAUUCAAACCCAAAGAAAUCUAGAAAUUCUAGAAAAAAAGGUGCCGAAACCGGUAAUAUCCUUAAUACCCGUGGUGCCUUUAACGUUUAAUGUCCG